GUAGAGGCGGCCAUAAUCUGAUUCAAUCUCCUCCAAUCGUUCUGCGUUCAAAAACGCGAAUGUUCUGUGGACAGUGUCACUUGUGUGUCAACACGGUCAACCUAUCACUUGAAAUGUCAAAACAUUGGUAAAAUCCAGCAAAUUCAAUUAUAAACGAAUUUAUUCUGCAAAUACGGAUAUUAAGCUUCAGUCGGUUAAACUGCAGGUGAAAUAGUCAAGUGCACGAUUUUACUUACUUACAAAAGUACUUGGAGCAACAAUGGCCGAGCAGAUAGCAUUGCAAGAACCAAAGGAGGGUACGACAUCCACGGUCACUGUCGUCGAACAGGACGAUCACGACGCUACCCAGGCCAAUGUACCCAGUGUCACUCUAAAAUUGAGAAAACCCAAAACAGAUAGAAAAGUAAAAUGGACGACGGGGACGGUUGAUAAUGAAAACAUGAACAAAAAGAAAUCCAAAUGUUGUUGUAUUUAUGAGAAGCCUAGCAAUUUCGGAGAAAGUUCGUCAGACGAUUCAGAUGAAGAGUGCGAGCAUUGUCGAGGACACGUAGAAAAGAAAAAUAAAAACAAAGCGAAGCCACCAGUCGCAGAGGGCGACGGUAGCUGUUCAUCGUUACAAGCUGAUCCCAUGAAAAGUGUCACGAUAGAAAACUAAGCAUUUUUUUAGUACAUAAGGAAAAUAGUCGUCAAUAUAUUAUGUAUGUGAACGCCUGUUGUGGCACUUUUUAUAAAUUGAUUUUUUAUGCUCAAAAAUAUGUUAUAUGUGGGUCGCAUAACAGUUUAGUGGGUCGAAUAUUCCAAGCAACAUCUCUUGGACAAUAGCGCAACGACGGUUAUGCAAAUAAUUGGACAAAAAUGGUUUCACUGUGACCGUGUGGUAAGGCUAAAUUGUGAGCAAGGGUCAUGUGUGUUUCUCCGAUGAACAAAAGGAUGUUACUAUCAUACAUUAAUAACUACUGAUAUCCAGGGUGCAUAAAUAUCACAUUCCAUGAUAAAUACCGAUCUUGUGACAUUCGCCUUAGUAUGCACAUAGAUGCUGAAGGAGAGAAAAAUCAGGGUUGAUUAGUUACGAAAUAGUACCAGUUGGGUAAUGCUUCAUUCACUUGCACAAGUAAAGCUUGUGAUUGUUUAGAGAUUGCAGAUGAAGAGUAAUAAAUUGGGUUGUACAUUUGAAAAUCUUGGUUCGAUUGCGAAUAUCCACAAUUCGAUUUUUUAUAUUCGUGUCGGUGAAAUAAUGGUUUAUCAGAACAUGGCUGCCCGAUACAGGAGCCCCGAACCUCGUUAUUACUACAGGGUGUAUUUUUCAAGAAUCCCCAUAAAAAAAGUCAGGAACCGUUAAUUCCGGUGGCGUUGGUGGCCAGUUGACAUCACCAACUCUAGCUGUGUGACAAGUUGCUCCGUCCUGCAGGAACCACAUGUUCUGCAGGUUAAAUUGUUGGACUUCAGGAGCCAGAAAGUUUUGCACCAUAUCACGGUAGCGCUCGCCAGUGACAGUAGGAUAGUUGCCUGCAGUGUCUUCAAAGAAGUAUAGUCCAAAGACACCUCCAUACCAACACCGACGAGGAUGUAGUGGUCGUUGAUGGAUGACACGAGGGUUAUGUAAUGUCUAGAUAUGACAAUAACUCUGCAUAUUAACAAAUCCGUUCAUAUCGAAGUGGGCUUCAUCGCUAAAUAUUUAUCAGUUGUCGGUAAAAAUCGUUAUUUCGGGCAUUAAGCUGCAAUAUUGCGUGACUGUACUGUCGAUGACUUUCAUGGUCACUAGGCAGUUCUUGGGUUAACUUUUUUUAAAAUAGUGCAUAAUACUUGCGACGAAUACCCAGUUCUUGAGAACGAUGUCUGGUAGACGUCUCGGGGCGCUCCACUACACGAGCUGUCUCGAUAUUUUCCGUCCUAGUACGAACAGUUCGAACACGGCCCGACCUUGGCAACUCUUCAACUUCACCAGUUUGUUCAAAUUUCCGCACUAACCGACGAAUGCUGUUGACACUAGGCAGAUUAUUUCGACCGAAAUCUUGUCGUAGCUUCCGAAUCGUUGGAACAAUUGACUCAUUAUUCCAGUAAAACGUUUUAGCAAUACAGACGCGUUGUCGUAUCGUGUAGCGCUCCAUGAUAAAUUGGACACAUGUGCUUUGAACAACUACUGCGGCGCCACCUACUGAAAUGCGUGUAUCAAAAAUGUCGCGCAAUUUAAAUGAGUCAGUUAUAUAUUGGCCACCCUGUACAUCAUAGCGAAGCAAAACUCGAAAGCGAUUCAUCAGUUUAGCCACAUAUUUACUGAUUAAUCGGUAUUUUCACAUAAUCUGGCGGGCCACAGCAAAAUUAUCAGCAUCACUUUCUUAUCUCAUCUCCCUCACGCAUACACAUGCUAUUCACCUGGAUAUGUAGACGUUUGUCCGCUUAAGCUCAUAUAUUUGCUUUUUUUAGCUUUGUCCCACCACCUCAAAAAUGUGAAUGAGUAUUUUAACAUAAUGUUUGCCACUGUCAGUGUGACAACUCAUUUGUCAUGGGCGUGAGAUUUUAGUUUACCUUUUGUUGACGUAUAUAAACUGCAGCAAUGCCUAGAAAUAUAAUUAGCGGACAAUGUCGACAGGUUGUGCUAAAUUAAAACAUCGAUUUGCGCACUGUGCCUCAUAGGAAAACGAAGAUGGUCAUGAGACAAUUGAAGGCACAAGUUGUGUAACAUUUUUUUUUAAUUGCUUUUUUGCAUUAAACAAGCCUUAAGGAGUGAUUCUUUCAUUCUAUGAUUACUUUGUAGCAACAAGAUAAACUAAUUAAGAUAAAUAUUUAAAAGUCCCAAUAAAAAGUCUAUUUUCUCCAUACAAUGAUUUUGUUACAUGACACCUUCAUCUACUUGCAUCUUCAAUUAGUUGAUAUAGUUACUUACAUGUAUUCCUUCUGUCACUGGUAUGUAGCCGCCAUAAUUGGUGAGAAGACAAUACAACACAUACAGUAUAAGCAAUAUACCCAGGGUUGAAUGCAGAUGAAAAGCUGAUUGUAUUAUAAUGAAAGGUUAAAUAAAUACCAGAAACUCGAGCAUUUAUGAAAUAGGUACUUGUUUUUUUAGUCAUUAGAUAAGUAAAUAAAAAGAAAUGAUAGUAAAUAUGAGAAGCAUAUGAAACACAAAAUUGUAUUAUCACAUGAGCAUUUCAAUGUUCUAACAACGUUCAGUCAAGAAGAUGAAACCUUUCAAUCAAGUACCCGUUACAUUUCCAUUGUUAUACCUGUUCAAAGCUCCUGAUGCUUAAUGUUUUAUUCAUGCCGUGAUCUAUGGUAUUUAAUAAAAAAUAAUGUAUAAUCGCAGGUUAUAUGAUACACAGACUAAGAUGAACUUAGUGGUAGGUGCUUUAGAUAGACUUGAAAAUUAUUUUCUUGUAUUGUCAUGUAGUCAGUAUGUAUGACUACUGCAUAUAACUUGCCACCAAAAACAAAAAAGGAAAUAAAUCACUUGUUUAUUUAAUCCUAUCCAUUCCUUAUCUCUUUAGUUCAUCUUACUUUAAUAACAAAACUGGUGUAACAAUAAUGUACUUCUAAGAAAAAUCUUUUUUGGUAUUCAGAAUUGUAAACUAUAAAAUUAAAAUAAGAGACGUGAAUGAUGUUUGUUUUACUUAUACUGUAUAAAUAAUUAGAUAGUAUCUUUGCAUCUGCCCGGUAAAAUAUUCCGAUUGCAAUAUUUUUCUCAUCAGUACGAAGUAAAACGAAAAUUUUAAUGUUGUGGCAGUGUCCUUUAAUAUUCGUCAAGAUUUAUCAAUCAAAUCUCAAACCGUUUUAAGAGGUGUUAUUAAUCAAAUUCAAGCGGAUAACCAAAUGAAAAUGGUAUUUGCCAUUUUGGGUUGGUAUUUACCGAUCCGUUCAAGC